CUUCUUUGGCAGGCAGCAGGAGAAAGAGAGCAAGCCUACCUCUCUGUCUUCCUCUGCUGCUGCUGCUUCUUCUUCUUCUUCUUCUUCUUCUUCCGAUCAUUAACGCGAUGGAGGUCGUGAACGGAGCACACGCAAACGGAGCUUCUGCCGGUAAAGGCAAAGGCGACGGCCUCUGCAUCAAGAGCGGCGGCGACCCCCUGAACUGGGGCGUGGCAGCGGAGGGGCUCUCGGGGAGCCACCUCGAUGAGGUGAAGCGGAUGGUGGAGGAGUUCCGGCGGCCGCUGGUGCUUCUGGAGGGCGCGACGCUCAAGGUCGCGCAGGUGGCGGCGGUGGCCGCGGCAGGGGAGGUGAGGGUGGAGCUGUCGGAGGCGGUGCGCAAAGGCGUGUGCGCCAGCAGCCAGUGGGUGAUGGACAGCAUAACGAAGGGCACGGACAGCUACGGCGUCACCACCGGAUUCGGCGCCACCUCUCACCGUAGAACCAAGGAGGGCGGCGCACUGCAGAAGGAACUUAUCAGAUUCCUCAAUGCUGGAAUAUUCGGCUCCGAAAAGGAUUCCGGCCAUACGCUGCCGUCGCCGGCUGCCCGGGCAGCCAUGCUCGUCCGCGUUAACACUCUCCUCCAGGGCUACUCCGGCAUCCGCUUCGAGAUUCUAGAGGCCAUGGCCAGCUUCCUCAACUCCGGCGUCACCCCUUGCCUCCCCCUGCGCGGCACCAUCACCGCCUCCGGUGACCUGGUCCCGCUCUCCUACCUUGCCGGACUCCUCACCGGGCGCCCCAACGCCCGGGCUGUGGCUCCUGGAGGCGAACUGAUCGAUGCGGCCGAGGCUUUCCGCCGCGCCGGCAUCCCGCACGGCUUCUUCGAUCUGCGACCUAAAGAGGGCUUCGCACUCGUCAACAGCACCGCCGUCGGGUCUGGCCUCGCUUCCCUCGUCCUAUACGAUGCCAACCUCCUCGCCCUCCUAGCGGAGGUCCUCUCCGCUGUGUUCGCCGAAGUGAUGCAGGGCAAGCCGGAGUUCACCGACCACCUUACCCACAAACUGAAGCACCACCCGGGUCAGAUCGAGGCGGCCGCCAUCAUGGAGCACGUCCUCGACGGUAGCGCCUACGUCAAGCUCGCCAAGAAGCUCCACGAGCAGGAUCCAUUGCAAAAGCCGAAGCAGGACCGCUACGCGCUCCGCACGUCGCCCCAGUGGCUCGGCCCCCAAAUCGAGGUCCUCCGCGCCGCCACCAAAUCGAUCGAGCGCGAGAUCAACUCCGUCAACGAUAAUCCCCUCAUCGACGUGGCCCGGAACAAGGCCCUCCACGGCGGCAACUUCCAAGGGACGCCCAUCGGCGUCUCCAUGGACAAUUCCCGCCUCGCAAUCGCAGCCAUCGGCAAGCUCAUGUUCGCCCAAUUCUCCGAGCUCGUCAACGAUUUCUACAACAACGGAUUGCCGUCUAAUCUCUCUGGCGGCCGAAACCCUAGCCUCGAUUACGGCUUUAAGGGGGCGGAAAUCGCGAUGGCCGCCUAUUGCUCCGAGCUCCAGUUUCUGGGCAAUCCGGUGACUACCCACGUCCAGAGCGCGGAGCAGCACAACCAGGACGUGAACUCGCUGGGGCUGAUCUCCGCCAGGAAGACGGCGGAGGCCGUCGACAUCCUCAAGCUCAUGUCGGCCACCUUCCUGGUCGCCCUCUGCCAGGCCAUCGAUCUGCGCCACCUAGAGGAGAACCUCAAGCACGCGGUGAAGACGGCGGUGAGCCUCGCCGCCAAGCGCGCGCUCACCACCGGCGCCAACGGCGAGCUCCACCCGGCGCGCUUCUGCGAGAAUGACCUCCUCACCGUGGUCGACCGGGAGCACGUGUUGAGCUACGCUGACGACCCCUGCAGCUCCACCUACUUGCUGAUGCCGAAGCUGCGGAUGGUGCUGGUGGAGCACGCCCUGGGCCAUGGAGACAAGGAGAAGGACGCCUCCGCGUCCAUCUUCCACAAGAUCGCGGAUUUCGAGGAAGAGCUCAAGGCGGUGGUGCCGAAGGAGGUGGAAGCUGCGCGGGCCGCCGUGGAGAACGGCAGCGCGGCGAUCGGCAACCGGAUCAAGGAGUGUAGGUCGUACCCGCUGUACCGGCUGGUGAGGGAGGAGCUCGGGGCGGCGUACCUGACCGGCGAGAAGGCGCGGUCGCCAGGGGAGGAGUUCGAGAAGGUGUUCACUGCCAUCAACACGGGGCUGCUCGUGGAUCCCUUGCUUGAUUGCUUGAAGGAGUGGAAUGGCGCACCAAUUCCCAUCUGCUAAACCAACAGCAACAAACAAAGUAAAAGUAUGUCAUUUUGUUAAUUAAAUCAGAAGCAAGCAGAUUAUUGUAUGUUUACUUAUAUCUGUAAUAAUCUCGUCAUUUUCCAGAGCAAACCAUAAUCUGAUACGAAGUUACAAACUGUUUCUUCCAACUUUUCUUCAA